AUGAUGCAGUCUUGGUUAUCUACGUUGUUCCAGCUCGGUCCCUCGCUUAAAGCUCAUAUAUUGGAAUUAUUCGGCCGCCUGAAGUCAAUAAUACACGACCAGAAUGUGCUACGGAUUUUUCUUACGUUCAGCGCAACGAAGCCCUGGAGUCGCUGGGGUCUACCAGCUAUCUGCACGGCUGGAGUCUUAUACAUCUGCGGCAAGACUUGGUCCAGGUUGACUCUGAACAACUACACCUCGGACAUGUGGGACUGGAGCCGCGAAGUAGUUCUCAUUACCGGCGGCUGCGGUGGAAUCGGUGAACAGAUCGCCCGAAAGCUUGCAGAGCGCGGAAUUACAGUCGCCGUACUCGACAUCAUGUCCCCUAAAACGGCGCUGCCAGCCCAUGUUCAUUUAUACAAGUGCGAUAUUACUUCCAUCGAGGCAAUUCGCCGUACCGCGGAGCAACUGCGCAAGGAUAUUGGCAGUCCGACCGUUUUGAUUAACAAUGCAGGUGUUGGGAGUUCGAAAGAUGUACUUGAGGAAACCGAUGAGGAAAUCGAGCGAACUUUUAAUGUCAAUAUUCUUGCGCAUUUUUGGACUGUGCGUGAGUUUCUUCCGCAUAUGAUCCAGCGGAAUCAUGGACAUAUAGUCACCGUUGCCAGCCUGGCUAGCUUCGUGACCAUCGCGUCCAAUGUUGAUUACUCCUGUACGAAGGCCGCGGCGUUGAGCUUUCACGAGGGCCUGACGCAGGAGCUGCGGCACAGAUAUGGAGCUAGGAAAGUCAGGACUUCCAUAAUUCAUCCCACAUGGGUUCGCACACCACUGAUCGAAGGGCUGGUCACAAGUGAUCGAUGGAACUCCAAGACUAUUGAUGUCCAUACGGUGGCAGAGACGGUCGUCUCGCAGAUCCUCGGGGGCCAGAGUGGACAAUUAUUUCUUCCAGGAAGCUAUGCUGUUACUUCUCUUCUGAAAGGUUUUCCAAGUUGGCUCCAGGAAAGCAUAAGGAACGGCCAGUCGGCUGUUCUCCGCGCUGACGAUUGA